AUGAUUAAAGUCCACGAAGUUAACGGGCACCGUUUCGUGGCGAAGUUUUUCCGGCAGCCGACAUUUUGCGCGUUCUGCAAGGAGUUUUUGUGGGGGUUCGGCAAGCAGGGCUACAGGUGCGUCGUGUGUCAGACCGCAGUGCACAAGCGGUGUCACAACAAGUUGCUGGGCAAGUGUCCCGGCUCUACCGCCUAUUCGGAUGCUACUGUGUAUUUGAGGGAGAGGUUCAAAGUAGACGUGCCGCAUCGCUUCCGACCGCACCAGUUCAUGUCGCCGACAUUCUGCGACCACUGCGGCGCUCUACUCUACGGCUUCUUUAAGCAAGGACUUAAAUGUGAAGGUCUUAACGCCAAGAGUGGUUGCUGA